AUUUCUAUACCAAAAGCGGUAACCCCGAGCUACACUCGGGCUUACCUUGCGGCGCUGCUCUGGGGGUCCCUGCAGCACUUACCUUGUCCUUCGUUCCCACGAUGUGUCCCCUGCAGAGUCCCGGGCCAUCUCCUCCGGCCGAUGCCGGCAUCCGGCUUCUGUGUUCCGGUCCCCGUGACGUCGGGACGUACGGGCGCCACCGGCGGCGGAAAAUUUGAAAACUUUAAUUUUUUCUUUUUUUCAAUUUUAAAUAUGCUUUGUCCUGUGCCCUGCCUGCAUUUUGUCUGUUCUUUC